UCCUCCUCCUUCCACCCCUCCUCUCUCAAAUGGUUUGUUCUCAUUCGCUGGCGUUCUCCGCGCGGGACAAUGCAGAGGUGAGGAGAACCUGCUCUCAUUCUCGUCCGGACUUCUCGCGAGAUUUGCGGCAGCAUCUGCCCAAGAUGGCGGCUGUGGGAGCAUCUCACGCUGAGGGCUGGCUUCGUACCCGGGACGUUCACUUGCAAGAAGGGCCCGAAGACUUCAGCUCGCUGCUGCUGUCCCCUCUGGUGCUGGAAGGACUGAAGGCUGCCGGGUUUCUGAGGCCUUCUCCCGUGCAGCUGAAAGCCAUCCCUCUCGGGAGAUGUGGUUUAGAUCUCAUUGUACAAGCAAAAUCUGGUACUGGUAAAACCUGCGUCUUCUCUACUGUUGCACUUGAUUCUCUUAUCCUGGAAAGUCCAGUUACACAGAUUCUAGUUUUGGCUCCCACUCGAGAAAUUGCUGUACAGAUACAUGCAGUUAUUACAACUAUUGGGAUCAAAAUGGAAGGCUUGGAGUGUCAUGUUUUUAUUGGAGGCACACCUUUAAAUCAAGAUAAAUUAAGGUUGAAAAAGUGUCAUAUUGCAGUUGGCACCCCUGGUCGUAUAAAACAACUCAUAGAGCUGGACUUCCUGAAUACAUCCAGCAUCCGUCUCUUCAUUCUUGAUGAAGCUGAUAAGCUUCUGGAAGAAGGCAGUUUCCAGGAGCAAAUCAAUUGGAUUUAUUCUUCUCUGCCAGCCAAUAAGCAGAUGUUAGCUGUUUCAGCCACCUAUCCAGAAUCACUGGCUAAUACCCUGACUAGAUACAUGAGAGAUCCCACUUUUGUGAGAUUAAAUCCCACUGACCCAAGCCUCAUUGGACUGAAGCAGUACUUCAAAGUUGUGAAUUCUCACCCAUUGCCUCAUAAAACUUUUGAGGAGAAGGCCGAACAUUUACUGGAGCUGUUCAGCAAGAUUCCUUUCAACCAGGCCCUGGUCUUCUCAAAUCUACACAGCCGAGCCCAGCACCUGGCAGCUUUACUGACAUCCAAAGGUUUUCCUGCUGAAUGUAUUUCAGGCAAUAUGAAUCAGAACCAGCGACUUGAUGCCAUGGCUAAACUCAAGCAGUUCCAUUGCAGGGUCUUGAUUUCAACUGAUUUGACGUCACGUGGCAUUGAUGCUGAGAAGGUGAAUCUAGUCAUCAACUUAGAUGUUCCUUUGGACUGGGAAACAUACAUGCAUCGGAUUGGAAGAGCAGGACGCUUUGGAACCUUGGGACUCUCAGUGACAUAUUGCUGCCGUGGAGAAGAAGAAAACAUGAUGAUGAAAAUUGCACAGAAAUGUAACCUUCACCUUCUUCCUUUACCAGAACCUGUCCCCCCUGACCUGAUGGAACGCUUUGAAAGUUGGGGUGUAGAAGUCACUUCUGUCCCUUAUCCCAAUGCUUCACUGUGUGCAUCUGUGAUACCAACAAAAAGCCUGGAAGGGGCAAUACAACAUAAAACAUUAAGCUCCAGAGCGCAGGCUUCUCGUGUUGCUUGUAAAAAUGUUCCUGCUGCAGAACCAAAGCAAAUUUUCAAGAAAAAGCAGCUACUUAAAAGCAGAGUAAAGCACAAUGAAGCAGCUUUAACUGAGAAACAGCAGUCUUAUAGGGUCUCACAGCAGAAAGUCCAGGUGGAACCUGAUCUCCAUAUGGCUGGACAGUGUAAGGAGGAGAUAGACAAGAAAACCUUACAAAACAUGCUCCCUAAGAUCCCUUGCUUGUCCUCUUAUAAGAAAUGUCCGUUUACCAAUGCAUGGAGCAUGGCUGGGUUUGUUGAUGACUAUGAUUACUUCAUUAAGGAAGGGUUAGAAAGAGAGGUGGAGAUCAUAAGAACUUUCACAGGACCUGGAGAGCAGCCUAAACACCCAGAAAGUGAUAGCUUUGAUUCAACAGGAAUGGAAUCUGGCAUGAAUAUUGCAACAACUACUGCGGUAUGGACUGAAGAAUCUGGUAGCGAUAGUAGCUCUCACAGUUCUGGAUCAUCUGCAUAUUGCCCAGAGGACCAGUCCUAUGUCAAACGCUCUUCAUCUUCACUCUAUAGUGACAACAUUCUCUCAACACAUCAGCCUAUGCAAAGUCAGAGUCAGGAAGCCAGUCUCCCUGAGUGCGUUGAAGAGGCAUCUCUGACGCAGAAGAAGAUGAAAGAAAGCAAACAGAAGAGGCAAAGCUGCCGUGCUCCCAUCACCAAGCCUUCCAAGAAAAACUCUUUAGAAAAUACAGUUCAUGAUAAAUGUUCAGAGAACCAGAGUUCUGAGGAAUACUGGAGAAUGUAUUAUCGGGCAUGGCGGGACUAUUAUAAAGAAGCUUCUCAUUCAUAUUAUCAAAGGUACCAAAGACCACCCAACAUGGUGACUGCCUAUCAUGCCAAUGCAGUCUAUUUUGAAGAAUUGUUGGGGUAUUAUCGAUAAUGGGAAGAAUGUGUUAAGAUUGUUCCUCCAGUCUAAACAUGUCAAUAUCUUUGGUCGGUUUUGUUUGAUUCACACACUUUUAUAUUACCAUUUUGUUCCAUUUGUAUUCUGUUCCAUAUAUUCAUCAGAAGGUGAAGAGGUUUAGCAGUGUUGCUAGUAAAUAGUGCAAAAACAA